GCGCUUGGACAAUGCCUCAGUUGAAAGGCGAAAGUAAUCGAGGGUGUGUCGCGUAGCAAAGAAUUGUAGUUUUGAAAAGAACGAAAGCGAAUUUAUAUUGGCAAGAAAAUGCCAAUUUUCUCAAAAUAUGCGCUAAUGAGAGGCGCUGACAGCUUUCUGCAGAGUCUUCGCCCUUUCUCUUUGUCCAAUUGCUUAGCCUCAGCCUCUGCUCCGCGUCCUGCUCUGACCCAAUUUCGUGAUAUUCUCAACAAUCAAAUAACUGGCAUUAAAGAUGCUGGCACCUAUAAAAUGGAACGCGUAAUCACCUCCUCGCAGAGUACCGAAAUCACUGUGGAGGGUACACAGAAGCGUAUACUGAAUUUUUGCGCAAAUAAUUAUUUGGGUUUAGCGAACAACCCCGAAGUUGUGAGUUAUAGCAAAGAGUUACUGGAUAAAUAUGGUGCCGGCCUUAGCUCAGUGCGUUUUAUUUGCGGCACACAAUCGAUACACAAGGAGUUGGAAAAGAAGAUCUCACAAUUCCACGGACGCGAGGACGCCAUUCUGUAUGCGUCUUGCUUUGACGCAAACGCUGGCAUCUUCGAAGCGAUACUUACACCCGAUGAUGCGGUCUUCUCUGAUGAAUUGAAUCACGCAUCUAUUAUCGAUGGUAUACGCUUGUGUAAGGCACAGAAGCAGCGCUAUAAACAUCGCGAUAUGAGUGAUCUCGAAAAGCAACUGCAGUCCUCUACCGCACGCCUUAAGCUCAUUGUCACCGAUGGCGUCUUCUCAAUGGACGGCAAUAUUGCACCAUUGCCGAAAAUUGUCGAUUUGGCAGCUAAAUAUGAUGCGCUGGUUUUCAUAGACGAAUGUCAUGCGACGGGUUUCUUUGGCGCCACCGGACGUGGUACCGAAGAAUACUACAAUAUGUUGGGCCGCGUUGACAUUAUCAACUCCACAUUGGGUAAAGCGCUUGGUGGCGCUGCUGGCGGUUACACAACUGGUCCUAAGGAGUUAAUACGAUUACUACGUCAGAAAUCACGUCCAUAUCUCUUCUCGAACUCACUACCGCCACCAGUUGUAGCGACGGGCAUUAAAGUUAUGGAUAUGCUCAUGCACUCCGAUCAAUUGUCACAGCGCGUACAGAGCAAUACGAAACGUUUCCGCGAUGCAAUGACGAAGGCUGGCUUUGUUAUCGGCGGCGAGAAUCAUCCGAUAUGUCCGGUGAUGUUGGGCGAUGCGCGUCUAGCCUCGAUUUUCGCCGAUCAAAUGCUUUCGCGUGGCAUAUACGUGAUUGGCUUCAGUUAUCCGGUAGUGCCGAAAGGCAAGGCACGCAUUCGUGUACAAAUAUCGGCUGCGCAUACAACGGACGACGUUGAUCACGCGGUGGCCGCUUUCGUCGAUGUCGGCAAGUCACUCAAGGUUAUCAAGUGAGGUUGUGGUGAAAUGAAGCGUGAGCGGUGAUUUAUUGUAAUCUCUGCCACUAUGAGUGGCAAUCCUUUUUUUUAAUGUACAUUUAUUAUAAUUUAAUAAAUAUUUUA